UUGGGUUUAUACGCAGAACAUUGAACGCAGCAUCAGUUCCUGGUCAAAGGAUAUACCGUCAGUGAGAUCCAGAUGCUUUUAAAUCUGAAUUCCUGAGUGGGAAUGCGCUCAGCCAUUUGCUAGGACCCUGUUUCCCGACCCACGGUGCUGUAAGAGCUUCCCAGAGAUGACAGAGGAACACCUGGACGCGGCUCGACGACUCAGAAAUUCAGCGGGCUCUUCGAGCGAGUAAGCGACAUGGACAACUCUGUCACCCUGUGGCAGUUCCUACUCCAGCUCCUGUUGGACUCCAGCAACGAGCAGCUCAUCUGCUGGACCAAUGAGGAAGGAGAGUUCAAGCUGCUGCAGGCCGAGGAGGUGGCCCGGCUUUGGGGAGCCCGCAAGAACAAGCCCAACAUGAACUACGACAAGCUCAGCAGGGCGCUGAGGUACUACUAUGACAAGAACAUCAUAAAGAAGGUGAACGGCCAGAAGUUCGUCUACCGCUUUGUGUCCUACCCUGACAUCCUGAAAGGAGACGCCGCUGCCCGGAUGGACGGGGGGGACGAUGGAGCCGGCGGAGUCCUCCCUGCUGCUGCUAAGAGGUUGGACGGUGCUAUGCUGGAGGCGGAGUCUGACGACCGCUCCAAGGCGGGGUCGGGUCCGGCCGCUCUGGGCUCCAGCACCAAGCAGUCCAACAGAAACGACUACAUCCACUCCGGCCUCUACACUUCGUUUCAUCUCAACUCCCUGCACAACGGCCGGCAGCUCUUCAAGUCCAUCAAGGUGGAAAACCCUGCAGAGAAGCUGGCUGAGCGGAGGGCCGCCUCCCAACAGAGCCAGGAGACCCCCCCUCUGCUGCAGGCGCCUCCAGCAGCCGCUCCGCCAUCUGUCAUCAAGUUCGGAAACAGCCCGCCAAAGCUGCUCGCCGUGCCGCCUCCUCCAGUCACCAUAGAGACCACCUUGAGCGGCUUGGACUCCCUGCAGGCUCCGCCUCACAGGGCCGGACUCGUCAGCACACACUCCUCCCUGCACCCCCAGUCCGUCUACUCGCUGGAGCACAGCCGGCAGUCAGAACCCGGCCUGGGCCUACCGGAGCUGGGCGCGGCACGGGAGGCCGCUCAGGAGGGAAACAUGACCAACAGUGACGGCGAGUCGGGGGGCUCUGGGUCCACAGAACCGGCUGCUCUGGAGACACCAGAGACCCAGCCACACGACAAGCAGGUGGACGGCGGCAUCAGCGUGUUUAUAGACGAGCCCGGCCUGGUGGACACUGAGACCAGUUCGUCCUCGGUGAACAGCAACACCGCGGGAAGCGCUCAGGCUCUGGGAAAAACUCGUAAACCGCCAAAGGUCCUGCAGCUCAGUCCGCCCGCUCUGCUCGUCACCACGUCCGAGUUCUCCCCCAUAAACCUGUGCAGCCCCUCGCUGCCCACUGCCUCACUCACACCAGCAAUGCUCCAGACUCCAACCCUCCUGUUGACUCCCAGUCCUCUGCUGUCCAACAUCCACUUCUGGAGUACGCUCAGUCCUGUCGCUCCCCUCAGCCCAGCCACCAGACGUCAGGGAGCCCACCUGUUCCAGUUCCCAUCGGUCCUGAACUCCCAGUUCCAGAUCCCAGUCCAGAGCCUGGAUGGGACCAACACACCCGGACCCAUUUCCCCAGACCCCCAGAAAACGUAGACGCGGCCCACGCCCGUGUGUGGCGGAUGGAUGAGGCUGAAGCGUUCGCUUGGUCUUGUGGUAUUCACGCCCUCAGGACCCUUUUCUGUUUGCCAUCCUGAUGCAUUCAUUUUGUCUGGCUUAUUUUGGGAUCACAGCAGAUGAAAAGGAGAGAGGGAUUUCCAUGGUAACCGAACCGGACACAAUCUGCUUCACACCUAAUGGGAUUCCAGCUAUGGCUUUGCUGCCAGACCAGUUCUUCUGACCUGAGUCGACUCUGGUCGUUUGUUGCUCCAACCUGAUCAUACACCUGCCUCAGCUGCUCACUACCCGACCCACGCCACCUCCACCCUUCUGUCUUAUUCUGACUUGUGGCCAUAAUCCAAACUGAACCUUAAGUUAUGCUUUGCAGAUGUUUUAACACUCCUUUCACACUUUUUUCUAGGAUCCAAUCUCAACAUUCAGUGUGUUUCAUUUGGAUUGGAUCUCAGAGAGUGAAAGGAGUGUUUGUUUUAAUGAAACUUAUAUGGACACCCUGACAGUCAUGUUGACCUGUUCUGCCUUCUUUAGGGAAGAAAGAGAAGCCAUACAGCAUUUUUAGCCACAGGGGGCAACCGACCAGCAGUUCUCUCUCUGUCAUGGAUCACUAGUGUCAUCGGCUUGUUGGGGAGGGAAACCAGAGAACGGAAACAGAGGGAAGCGGCUCGUUUGUUAGUGAGUGAGCUUUUCUUUUUAUCAUCACCAGCUGAUCUUUAAAACAUUGUUUAGAAAUGAGAAAGCAAGAAAAAAAAGAUCCCUAUGAUUUUGUGAAAAAAUUAAUACCAUAAAAAACUCCUUUUGAUGCUCGCUAUUUGUGGAAAUCCUGAGCAGUUGUUUGUUGCAUCUUUAUAGAUCCAGUUAAGAACCUUAGAAGCAUUUUGUUUAAAUUCAAAUUAGAAACAUAUUUUGUUGAAUCUCCAGUAGCAGUCAGACUUGCAACAAAUCUAGAAAAUCCUCUGACUAAAGACAGUUGUUGCAUGGCAUCUUAUGACUGUAAUGACAUGCUAGCAGCUAAAUAUCCAGGGACAAAGACAAUAUUCCACAGUAACAUGUCCUGGAUGACAUCAUCAGUAGUUACCAAACACUGCUAAUCCACCUCAUUUGCUUUGGCCACUCCCCUUUAACUCUCUGCCUGUCCGUAUGGUUACCAAGCCGAGCAGAGAGAUGUUGGAGGAUGGUUUGAACUUCCUGUUCCUCUCUCUGCCCUCUUCAACGGCGCUUGGAAUUAUUGUAGCUUUUAUGAUGCUAAUCAGUUGCUCCUAGUCGGAAAAACAGUACAUUGUUGCCACGGCUACGCAUUCUAGCUGUCCACAAGUAAAAAAAGCAAGAGUAAUUGAACAAUAAUGCAACACCUCAACCAAAAGGAUUAACAAAAGUGUAGAAGAAGAAGAAAUGAGAGCUAGCGUAGCUCCUGCUGCCACCACCAGUGGCACUGUUCUAGAAUUAGUUUGAUUGCAGUUCGGCACUGGACAUCCCUGCAUACAUGUAGUAUUUAGUACUUGGUUAUUGCUUCAGUAUCUGUUUAGUCACAUGCAUAUUUGUACAACUCCACGUUCAUUCAAUCUGUCCUGUGAACGUCUACGUUCUUGUCAGCAGAUGCUGCCGUCUUCCCUCUGUUUCCAGUUUAAAAAGCUCCAAACAAAACGGCUGGAAUUAAAGCCGAGACUGUUGAUGGCUUUUUUUUAUUGUUUUUUUUUUUGUUUGUUUUCGUUUAACCACAAAUAGCAAUACCUUUGCUUGCCCAACAGUCAGCCAAAACAUUAUGACCUCUUUCUCCUGCUGAGCUGGAAAUGCACCGAGCAGUCAGCCGGAAUCAGGCCUGCUCAAGACACUAGAGACAUUCUUCAGUGUGGAAGUUCUUACUGUGGGAAGCAAGAAAGCGUUAAAAGCGACUUAAAUGUAAAUGUAUCGUCGGUCGUUUAUUCAGGCUGAUAUUUUCAACAGAUGGUAGGAAAGCUACACAUAUUACUAAAAAGUUGUUCUCUUAUAUUUUUUCCUAAGGUUUUAUUCUCCAAAUUUAAACAGCCACCACUCACAGAAAACAUUUUAUUUGCUGUUUCUCUUCUUUUUUUAAUCGGAAUUGACUAAAAUGACACAGAAAUGUCCAACAGCGGAGCAUCAUUUGUGUGGAGGCCAGUUUGUAGCUUAAAGUUGCUUCUCAACUUUAAUGCUUAAAAUCCAAGGUGUCAAACUCAAGGCUCGUGGGCCAAAUCUGGCCCACUCUAACUAUUUAUAUGGCCCCUCUUAUCUCAAGAUGGCCACAUAAAUCAAAUCAGAUUAUUUUUUUUAACUACAUUGUCAAAUUACAUCAAAGAUUAAAAGUGGAUUUAAUUUUAAGAAGUAAAGCGAUAAUAUUCUAAUAGUUCCUUAAUAGGUAAUUUUAUCAAUAAAUUUCAUCAAAGAUGCAACUAUUAUUUGAGUUAUUGAUUAUUCUGACGGUUAAUUAAACUUUUAUACAAUAUUAGAAAUAUAUAUAUAAAGAGCUUAUAAGAGCAUUUCUUUAGUGAAUGCAGAUCAUUUGUAGCAAAAGAUGAAUCUGUAACUAAAAAUACUUUUAAUAUCAACAUGUAAAAAAACUCGGGCGAUUCUGCUUGACUUGACAACACACUGAAAAAGUGAAACAUUUGAUCCAAGUUAAAAAGAUGGACUUAAUGAAAUUAAGUUUAUCCAAUUACAUGCAUUAAGUUAAGUCAUGUUAUAUAGGCAUGAAUAAAUUAAGUUUGACAAACGUAAUUCGAUUUCAUGUAACAAUUCUCCUUUUUUCAGUGUGGUUAAUAAAUGGGUAGCAAGGGUGCUAUUUUUAACAGAGUCUGAACCAGGUGAAAUUAAAACUGCCACUUUAGGAUUUCUGGGUAAAACAUAAUUACAGUUUUUUUUUAUCUUAAAUGCGAAUUGUAUAUAUUUUUUUGUACAGUUUUGGCUUAAUUGCUGCUCUGACUCUGUUGUUCUUUCAGCAAACUCCUUUUCUUGGGUCCAUAUACUGGAGCUAACGAUGAAUCGAUCACUAAAUCAGCUUACAGUUAUUUCAAUAACCAAUUCAUCCAAUUAAUCGCUAUUCAAGAUCUCGAUGCAACCAGAAAUGAAAGAGAGCAACAGCGCUGCAUCACUCUCUCCUUCUGGUUGGGUACUGAUGUUUCGGUUCUUUCUCUCUCCGUCUGAUUGGCUGGUGAUGUUUCGGUUCUUUAACCCAGAGCGCUGCCUGAACAUUUCCCCCUGCCUACCUAUCAGCCAUCUGAAGCCCACUCCACGCGUUUUACUCGACUUUAAAGCCAUAAGUCUGACACAGACUCCAGAGGUACUCCCCGCCUCUCUAUGCCAUCUAACAUUGAAAGCGUGCGUGGCGCUUGUUUACACCGUGCUUGGAUUAAAAAAAAAACCCACAGAGGUGUGUUCUGUUUUUAACCAAAGUGUCCAACUCUAACCCAGGGACGGGUUAGAUGGGUUGGUGCAGGACACGCGCUCACUCAGAUGGAAACGGUGCCUUACCGCAGCCAAGCUCAAGGUCAGCCUCACUAAGCUCUCUCACACACAGAGCUCUUUUUAUUUUAUUUUAAAUUUCAGACGCCGUAUCUUAGAUGUCAACCAAACCAGAGAAUUGGAGGAAAACUCUGCAGCGGUGUAAUUCUGGAUGCAUUACUGUACAUACAGACAGCGACAUGAGCUGACGCGCUCGGCAUGUAAAAUACCAGCUUCACGUCGGCGGCCAUGUUCCUUCUUAACCUGCCUCUAAAUGUUUGCUCAGAAAGUGUAUAGAUAAAUAUAUAUAUAUAGGAGAAAAAAAACCCUGUCUUUAAUCAUUGUAACCUCCAUUUAUUUUCCUGUAAUGCAAUAGAAUUCUCAGAAUAAUUUCUAUUUUUGUAAAUCAGUGUCUGCUUUUUAAUAUUCCUCUUUGUGCAUGUUUUUUUUUGUAUCCUUGUUUUAUUUUGUGUAAUUUGGGGGGAAUUAAUGUUGGGGGUUUUUUUUUCUUUCUAUUUUUAGGAAUCAAAGCCUUAUUGGGAUAAAAUCAAAGUCUGUUUUGUAUGUUGACUGUUUUUUGAUAUCGUGUUGAUAUUGUACAUGCAGAUGUUGUGAUCAGACGUUUGCACUUAAGAGUCGGGGGUUCCUGUCAUAUUGGAUUCUGUCACUUUUCUAGGAUUUCCUUUGAUGACUAAAGAAAUGUAUUUUUUCCCCGUAAAGGGAGGACUUCAUUAUGCACUUGUAUUUUCUAAGAACAAAAGGAGCUAAAUCUAAAGUUUUACAGUUUGUAUGGAAAAAAAAGACUAAUUUGUAAUUAGGCACUUGCACAAAUAUUUAUAAAAAUGUCUACAACCCAUAGAACAGAUAUAUAGAAUAAGCAUCUUUUGCUGUAAGUUUAAUAGUAAAAACUAUGAAAUAGCUAUAAAAUGAUCCCAAAGCUUAUUUUUUUUCUCUCCUCCAGUCGUCUUAGAGUUUAGUUUUGUCUUCAUAUCUGCUCUCUUGUUUCUUUUCCUUGAAAUGUAAAAAGUUGUUUUUAAAGAAUGACUGUUUUUGCUUUGUUUUGUCCAGUUCGAUGCUUAUUCAAAAUGUUUACAAGCUGCUUGUCUUGAGUGGCAUAUUGAUGUGGGAGGAGCCUAGAGGAGUUCUGUACAACAGACCAAUAAUAAAACAAAUGUCUAACUGACACCA